AAUGUUGUCCGGUUUGGCUCUUCGUGUUUUGUGUACGCAUGGUUCCAUCUGAACAGGGGCCACUGGCGCCCCCCUACAAGAGAGAAGAUGGAGCCUCGUCACGGGAUUAUGAAAGCUUUCCCCAAAGUUAAAAGAGCCAAAGUGUUCCAGGAAAAGGAUGCACCCCCAGUGAAGAAGAAACCUGACGAAUGUGAAGUCACAGGAAACACUUUUAAUGGUGUCACAGUGUACAUCCUGCCUGCUGGAAUAGGAAAUGCCAGAUGCCAGAUCUUUCAAAGACAAAUUCAGCAGAAUGGAGGACAGACAGAGAGUUCACUGUGUCCCAUUGUCACUCAUGUUGUUGUGGGUGACAACAUGGACAGCGACAGGGCUCUGCGUUUACUGAAAGUGGAUUGUAUGCCCUCUGGAGUCCAACUGGUGAAAUGCAUGUGGUUGAGUUUGUGCAUCAGUGAGAAACAACUGCUGGAUGUUGACAGCUACAGUCUUCUUUUACCCAAGAGGGAAUCUGAAACACAGCAUGAAAACAUUAAAGAAGAGUUGCCGAGUGUCAAGCCUGCUGUAGAAACUAUUGUAGAGCCUCUGCCUGAUCAAACCAAGCAAGACGAGACCAUAGACACGACAUUCCAAGACACCAAAGAGGAAGUGCAAGGAGAUGAAGAUGGGGUCUCUCAGAAUGACCUGGAAGCUCUCAUCACUGGCCAGCACCCCAAAGAGCAGACUCCAGGCCCCAGCCUCGACCCCGGUUCAGACGCCGCUGCUCAGAAGGUGGUCUCAGGGAAGUGGGUCUGUGCCCAGUCCUCUCAGUCCAAAAGUAACAACUUCAACAAACACAUCACAGACAAACUGGAAGUGCUGGCCAAGGCCUACACACACCAGGGGGACAAGUGGAGGGCGCUGGGCUACUCCAAAGCUGUCAACGCGCUGAAGAGUUACCACAAGCCUGUUACCUCAUAUCAGGAGGCUUGUCUGAUCCCGGGAAUUGGAAAACGCAUGGCCGACAAAAUUGAUGAGAUCAUGGAGAGCGGUCACCUGCGGAAGCUAGAUCACAUCGGGGAGGCUGUGCCAGUGUUGGAGCUUUUUACUAACAUCUGGGGUGCAGGAGCUAAAACUGCACAGCUGUGGUACCAACAGGGAUUCCGCACACUGGAGGACAUCCGCACAAAAGCCCACCUGACCAGCACUCAGAAAAUAGGACUCAAGCACUACGACGACUUUCUGGAUCGCAUGCCCAGAGAAGAAGCAGCAGCCAUAGAGAAAGUGCUGAAGGACGCGACCCAUGCCAUAGACCCAGGCCUGGUGGCGAUGGCAUGUGGCUCCUACCGUCGGGGAAAGGCCACAUGUGGAGAUGUUGAUGUACUUAUAUCUCAUCCUGAUGGCAAAUCCCACAAGGGGGUUUUCAGCAAGGUGUUACAGAUCCUCCAUGACAGUGGCUUUUUAACAGACGACCUGGUGAGCCACGAGGAGAAUGGCGAGCAGAAGAAAUACUUGGGUGUGUGCCGUUUGCCGGGACCCGGCCACCGCCAUCGCCGGCUGGACAUCAUUGUUGUGCCCUACAAUGAGUUCGCCUGUGCCAUCAUGUAUUUCACCGGGUCGGCACACUUCAACCGUUCAAUGAGAGCCCUGGCAAAGACAAAACACAUGAGCUUAUCGGAGCACUCGCUGAACAAAGAUGUGGUGCGACAGGGUAGCGUGAAGGUGCACGGCGGCGCUCCCUUACCUACACUGACAGAAAAAGAUGUAUUUAGUCUUAUAGGCAUACCAUACAGGGAGCCUCAUGAAAGGGACUGGUGAUGAGUAGGUGAUGAGUAGCCAAUCACUAAGCCAAUCAGAAUGCCUUAACUGGUUUUAUAGAAGAAUGAUGAUGAUGAAUGAUGACAAUGAACACUGCAAUCAUGCUCAACAAACAGUUUUAAGAAUGUUUACUACUCAAUAGAUCAUGACUUGAAUGCUAAUUUUAUUUUACAGUUUAAAGGGCUGGGUUCACUCAAAUAGCAAUAGCAAUAGCAACAUAGUUUUCCUGCUUAACCACACUUGUAUCUGUCCUCGUAGACUGUUUAAGUGGAAUGUGCUGAGGUUUUGAGAUGUCCACCUCUGACACUCCUGCUGCCACCUCAGUCCAAUACAAUGAAUGUAAUUUUGCUGUCGGGUCAGUUUCUUCAACAGAAGGUAGCUGGAAUAAGCUGAGUAACCAAGAACAUUGUUACAAGAUAAGUUGCUGUUAAGUGUUAUAUCGAUUUGUGAAACGUCCAUCAGAUAAGGCUGGCAGCAAAAGUUUCAAAGGUGAAUAUUUCAAAACUUAAACAGGUAAAUCCAAGACUAUGUGCAGGGCUAGAUGCCACUAGAGAUAAGUGGAAAAUAUGUGAUUUUGCAAUUUGAGUAAACCGGCUGUUUUAAAGACAUUUUAAUAUAGGAGAUGCUUGAUACUGUAUUUAUCUGAGAGAUGAGUAAUGAUAAUAAAAUACACCAGAGAGUAAUAAUAAUA